AUGGCAGAAGAUAUCAACAUGAUUAAAGGGCUUUGGGUAACACGACGGUCGCCUUCUAUUUCACAUUUGUUUUUUGCAGAUGAUGCAAUGGUGUUUUUUCAUGCGAACACAGACUCCUGCACAAAUGUGGUGAAUAUUCUUGAGAGAUUUGGGGACAUUUCGGGGCAACAAUUGAAUUUAAAUAAAUCUUUUGUUAAAUUUAGCAAACUAGAAAAGGUAGAAGAAGUGGAGGAUCUCAAGGCGAUUUUGAGUGUUGGCCAAGUCCAAGUUUUGGAUAGACACUUGGGUGCGCCAAUUGACUUCACAGCAAGGAAGAUGAAUGCCUUUAAGUACUUUGUGGACAAGGUAGCGGCUCAAAUUCUUUCUUGGGCGGCUCUCAACUUGUCACAAUCGGUUAAACUAAUCUUGAUAAACACUGUUUUGAUUAGUAUUCCUUCACAUGUGAUGAAAUGCUUCAAGUUGCCAGCCUCGAUUACGAAUAGGACUGACUCUUUAAUUGCUAGAUUUUGGUGGGGAUCGAGAGGAGACAAGGGAAUGCAAUGGGUUAAAAGGGAUAUUAUUCAAAGACCAAAGGGCAUGGGUGGCCUAGGUAUAAGAUCGAUGGUGUAUCUAAACGAUACUCUUUUGUUUAAGCAGGUGACACGUAUGCAUUGUAACCCUCAGUUGUUAGUGGCUCAUUGUAUUGAUCCAAUUCAUGAAUGCCCUCUUUGUAUGGGGGAGCCGAGUACUUGUUUUCGUGGUAAUACUUCUUGGGGUAGACGGGGUUUAUUCAAUGUGGCGAAUAAAGUGGUCAAAGGUUAUCAUUGGAAGAUAGGAAGGGUGAAGGACUUGAUCUCUCCAGAUACGAGAACUUGGAAUACGACAAUCAUAAGGGAAAGGUUUGAGUGGAGUAUCGCACAGGAAAUUUUGGAAAUGGAGCUGCCUUCGAAUGAGGAGAAGGAUGAUGCUAUAGCUGACAAUGUAUUUUGCAGGAUAAUUUGGAAGCUUAAUAUUCCACCGAAAUGGAGCUUGUUUUUGUGGAAGCUAGUGAUGAAUGGGAUGGCAGUCAAGUCGAACCUAGUCAAAAGAGGAAUAGAAAUUGAGGACUAUUGCGAUUCUUGUGGUACGACAGAGGAAGACCUACAACAUCUUUUUAGGAUGUGUUCUUUUGCGAGGUAUGCUUGGAAGAAUUGUUCCCUGAAUAUCUUGUCUGAAAAUGACGAAUCUACUCCGUUUGGACAAUGGAUUCAGAAUUAUAUCAUGCUUUAUCAUAGCGAGGAUGGAAAGAAGAGUGAACGAAUAGGAAUGUUCAUAGGCGUUCUUUGGAGUCUUUGGCUGACUAGAAAUGGGAGGGUAUUCAGUAAUCAGGGUGGUUAUCUUGCGGACCUGUUCAGGAACUAUAAUACAGCGAUGCAUAAUUUCUCAGUUUGGAAAACGAAGGAGGAAGGGGAGGAUGUAAGGAAAAAGGAUAACAAUAACAACGGCGCGCCCCCGGGUUUUCAAAGAAUAAACAUUGGGUCCGAAAAGGAAGAAAUAACAUACCCACAGAUGCUAGAUUGGAAGUGA